AUGGCGGCUACAGCUGCACGUUGCAUUCGUUCUCUGUCCCGUUCUUCAACUGUGGUGAGCUCUGAGACCAUGUCUUUUGUGGUGUUUUCAGUUUUAAGAUUUAGUUAAAUCAUUUGAUUACUUGUUGCAGUUGUCUUCAAGCAUCACGAGGCAUACUUCACAAAGUAAGUUUUCCUGCAGUGGAGUGAUUGUAUUUUGUGAACAUUGUAUGAUGAGCCGUUAUAUCCUUUAAUUAACCGGAUUAUAAAUCAGGUUGUUUUAAUCUAGUUAUUAGACUUUCUAUCAACUGACCUAAAGCUUCUUCUUCUCACUAAGCUAAGUAGCCCUGCAGUUUGUAGUAUUUCUGUGGUUGUUCCCAACCUAUAUCGACGGUAGUUGAGAGAAUUUACCUUUUCAUCGCUGAUCAGUACACUGUAGUGUCACUGAUGACCUCCAUUCUCCUUUUGUCACUCAGUGUAGUUCAAGUGAUAUUGUCGACAAGUGAAUUGUCAGCAAAUCGUCUGUGAUUAUUUUUGGUUAAGAGAGUCAAUAGUAAGAAAAGCACAAAUUAAUGAUGUAACACAGCAUCAUUAGGGGUGUGAAAAUUAAUGGGCUAAUAUUAACAGAAAAAAAUGCACUUUAUUUGAGUGUCAAUACACUUAGCCCAAAAGUAUUGACAAGGGACACUAUUUUUUAUCUCGAACUGGAAACGGGACUGCCAUUUUUAGGUCUAGCUACUUGUAAUGCAAAGGGAGUACAUUCAUUUCUCAUUUAUUUAACCCUUGGACGUACACGCAAAUUCAUACCCCCACCGUAGUACAAAGGGGGUUGGAGGGGGGGGGGGGUGGAUGGAACCGCUCCCCAGAGUUUUUACUAUUUUGCAGUAUUUCAAAACGAUUUUGCCUUCAGUGGAAAGCCUUUGAUCUUCUUAACAUGAUGAGGUAUAUAAUUUUACGGUUGGUGGCGGUGCUGGAGGCCUUUAGGAUAACAAUGGUCACCAUCUUGGCUGCCAUCUUGGAUUUUACCAAGAAUUAGAAAUCAGGUUAAAACGGCGAGAAAUGCUGAUUUUUUUGUGCUUGACAUUAAAAAUAACACAUAAAUAAGCAAUCUGCAUGAUUUUAGCCACAAGAUUUACUUUUAUUGUUGAAAGAAGUUGAAAAAACAUGUAUUUUCACUCAAGAAUGCGUUGACCACCUGCUACUUAUGACGCCAUAUCUGCUAACCAUAGAAACUGACUAUCACUGAACUUGUCUCAAAAUGUGUGCAUGCAAUAAAAAAACAGCUACUGAAAAUGUCUGGUGCUGAUGUUUUAUUGUCUAGGAAAAACUCAGGAAAACCUCGGAGACGCCUUGUACGUCCAAGGGUUAAGACCCUUUGUAUUGGUCUCACUGUCUGGCGCGGGAAAUCAAACCCGUGAUCUUCCGCUCUGUAGUCAAGCAGUAUACUAACUGAGCUAAUCCUUCCGUGGUUAAAGAAUCUUAGAUUCUCGCGAAGCAAAAAUAAUAAUAAUCCAUUUUUGUUAUUAUUAAUUUGUUUAAAAUAAUAUCUGGCACGAAAUUUUUGCAGGUUCUAAUUUUUGCAAUUUUUGCGGUUUUUCCAGCGAUCCGCAAAAAUAAGUUCCUGCAAACAUUUUUCAGAGUAAAUAUUCUCUAAAUUAAUAAUGGAAUUUAAUAAUAAUGGAAUUUAUAUAGCGCUUAUACAUCGCUGUUCUAAGCGCUUAAAUUAUAUUUAAUUAUACUUGCUUUACAAAAAUACAGCACCAAGAAAUCAUGUCUGUUCAAUCACAACUUGUCUCUUUCAUUCAGAAACAACGAAAUACUGGUUAAUUGCUUGAAAAUAUGUCUUUCUAUUGCACAUACUCAAUAAAAAAGAAAACAUUAUCAAUGCUGGGUGCUGGGUACUUUAUGAAAAUCACAAAAAUCAAUUCCCAGCAAGAAAAACCAAUCUGUCCUAAUCACAAAAAUUAGUUCCAGCAAAACACAAAAAAUUGCCAAUCCACAAAAAAUAAACUCCCACAAUAAUUUCAUGCCACAUGGUAUGCUCUUUAUUUUACUCAACAGGAUCUAUGUUAGCCUCUUCAUCGCCACUGCUGAAAUCAUUUGUUAGUACUGAAAGUGGAUUGUAAGUAAUGUUAUUAUAAUAAAACUGCCUGUGAAAUUAUUUAUUUAAAUUUCUUUAUUCUUACCAAGAUUACCCUCAUGGUCAUCAUUAUGUCCUUGAAAUCCACCGAAAAUAAUCAAUAUGAGAACCAGUUAUGAUACGUUUGUGAAUGAUUUUUUUCACUCGCAAAGCCUCAAUCUAAUCUGUUUCUAGUAUACUGCAUUUUUCAAUAAAAAAAAUCACAAACCAGUUGAGCUUUACAAGUCCAUUGUUGUUACAUAAUGACUGUUUUAUUUUAUUUUUCUGUUUCCUUAUACAUUUUUGUAGAUUAAAAGGAUCAAGAAAUGUUGCAAUUUCAUCCAGGUUAAAUAUCAGCAAAAGAUUUGCACCAUCUUUCUUUGUCUGUAAGUUUGUGCCUUUUAUUUAAAUAGCGUAAUAUUGUAAAAUUCCGAAAAUAAGCCCCUCCUAGUAUAAGCCCCUCCAAAUAUAAGGCCCACAAACUCGUAACGCAAAAACCCUCCGUUACAUCGCCCCACCAAAUAUAAGCCCCCUGGUGGGUUUGUACUUGGAAAUUGCCCUCAAAUACAAAGUAAAACAAAGCAAAAACAGUAAAUUUCCUUCCAACUAUAAGGCUAGCUCAAUCGAUUUUGAAACACAAAUUUCCCUCGGUAGAUAAGCCCCUCCAAAAAUAAACUCCUCGAAGAGGGCCUUUGAAAAAUAUAAGUCCCGGGGCUUAUAUUCAGAAUUUUACGGUAUUUAAUGAAUAAUAUUGUAACCAAGCCUGCAACAAUAGACAGUCAUUAGACAACUUUCCAAGCCUGGUCAUCCUUUAUCACUCAUGUCUGAUGAAAUAUCAACCUUGAUCACUAGACAUUAUGUUUGGCUUUUAAAACAGAAAUAAUUAUUAUUACAGCUUAUCAUUUUGAACAUGAGACUUAAAUCUGUGUCAGGUAAUAAAAACCAGACCAGAUGUAUCGAAAAAUUAACAUAAGGAUAAUAUGUUUGACCACAUUUUUGGUUUGUUAAACGAAAGUAAUGACAAAGUCAGGCAUCUGUCUUUAUGAAAGCAAUGAUUGUUCUCUGCAGCCCUGUUUAACUAUUACUUUUUGGCUCAAUUUUUUAGUGAUUUAUAAAGGUUCAGGUGAUAAUGUUACAGGACAAAUUUGAUUUUAGGCUAAUUUUGAUUUAACCUUGGUUGAUUCACAAUUUCCCUUUUCUCCUAGUCCUAGGAGAUGAAGAAAAUUGAGAAUCAACCAAUCAAUCAAUUAUUGAGAAUCAAACUAGGUUAAUAUUUUUUUUUACCUGAAACCAUUUUAACUUGUAACUCCAAUUUUUGUAUUACAUAAGCAAAGUAAAUAUGUGUACUGCAGUAGCUAAGUUCAUGUGGAUUAUUUGGGCUUCUUAUUACAAAGCACUAGUCACAAUGUGACACAUCAGUAAUCCUUUUCUAAAAUUAAAAAAAAGUACUUAUCCUUUUUAUUGAACUCCGUUGUACUUACUCUUAUUUACUUUCACAAAUUUUUAGGAUAAUAGGGUGUACUGUUUUGCAGUAAUAAAUAUUGCAAAUAUUGCUAUAAUUUAUUGCAAACAGGCUACUUGCCUUACACCUGCUGAAUACCAGGGAAAAGAGGCCAUCUCUGCUAGCAGGGAAUGCACAGACCUGAAUGCUGGCAAUAAUCUUUGCAUAUAAUUUAUUAUCUUCAAUCAGAUUUCAAGUUUUCUACGUUAUUGAAUAGUUUUUCAUUUUUGUAUUUCAUCGUGUGACUAUAUGAAAUUAGCAAUACACGGAACUAAGAAUAAGGCUGUCAAGGUGUUACAGUAAGAACUAAGUUCUAUCGUUGUGUCAGAAGAUUUUCCUUUAAAUUAUUGUUCUGUCUACAGGUAAUGUAGCCCAGGCCUGUCCUCUGUCGAUUGACGUGGGCUGUGAAGUGAGUGAUGCUUUAGAUGAUAACCUUGGAGAUGAUGAUGGCGAUACUUGGUCUCAGAGUGAUGAUGAACCCUAUCAAGGCGACACCUAACACAGACUCACUGAAGACAAAAAACUUUGGAUAAAUUGAUUUUAAUGCAGUCAGCAAGACAAUAGAGCAUUGUUUUAUUCUAUAGACUUGUAACUUUUGUC